UAGAAUAGCGGGGCAUGUGCGUGCAUGUGGGCCGAGGGGAGACCUCGGAACUGCGUCACCUGCGUAGUCGCUUCUCUCCAACAACAAUGGGCACAGCCGCACCGGCAGCAUCAUGCUCGAGUUCCGUACGCAGGGCUUCAAUGGCUACAGCGUGAAAUACUCGCCCUUUUUCGACUCGCGCAUCGCCGUUGCGAGCGCCGCCAACUUCGGGCUUGUGGGCAAUGGCCGCCUCUACGUGCUGGGGCUCACGGCCAACGGCAUCGUGGCCGAGAAGUGGUUCGACACGCAGGACUCGCUGUUCGACACGACCUGGAGCGAGGCGCACGAGAACCAGCUGCUGACGGCGGGCGGCGACGGCUCGGUGAAGCUGUUCGACAUCACGCUCGACCAGUUCCCCGUGCAGUCGUGGCAGGAGCAUGCGCGCGAGGUCUUUGCCGUGCACUGGAACCUCGUGGCCAAGGACACAUUCUUGAGCAGCAGCUGGGACGGCACCAUCAAGAUAUGGAAUCCCAACGCGCCGGCCAGCAUCGCGACGCUGCCGACCCACACGUGCACCUACUCGGCCGCCUUCAGCCCGCACAGCCCGUCCAUCCUCAGCUGCGUCGGCUCAGACUCCCACCUGCGCGUAUUCGAUCUGCGGACACCCGCCUCUGCUUCCAACCACCUCACCAUGAACAUCCCCAUCCACACUCCACCAAAGCCCCGCAUGGGCGCCGCUGCGCCGCCGGGCAUUCCUCCCGCCGAAGCCCUCACCCACGACUGGAACAAGUACCGCGACACCAUAGUCGCUACCGCCGGCGUGGACCGCCUCGUGCGCACAUUUGACAUCCGCGCGCCUCAGGCGGGUCCCAUUGCAGUUCUACCAGGCCACGAGUACGCAGUAAGACGUGUGUCGUGGUCGCCGCAUCUCUCAGAUACCCUGAUGAGUGCAAGUUACGACAUGACGUGUCGCGUAUGGAGUGAUGGCAGUGCCGUUGUGGGAGGCAUGAAUCAGGAGAACAUGCUUGGGGAUCCCAUGAUGCACGGUGGCGGCCGCGAACUGGGUAGGAUGGGACGGCAUACCGAGUUUGCGACGGGCGUCGACUGGUGUCUCUUCGGCGCAGAGGGCUGGUGUGCGAGCACCGGAUGGGACGAGCGUGUCCUUGUCUGGGAUGCGCGGGCACUCAUGCAAUGAACAUGUGAGAUCGUUGGACUUGUGGACGAUUUUUGCAUAUACUGGCGUCAAAAACAGAAGGUAUCCACGGAAUUACGAAUCGAAUUACGACCUAUAGGUCUAGAAGUUUUUACAGGUACAUCAUCACACUCUGUCGCACGUCCUAGACGUAUAUGUCUUUUGUACUCGCCUUCAUCUACAUCUUUGGUAUUGAGCGUCUUUUCGCUUUCCAUUCCAGGGAAUACGUUCAGAGAAAUUAUGUCGGCAG